AAAAAAUACCAAACGCACGCAAAGCCACACGCACCCCGACCUGUUCCCAGGCCAUCACACCAUCACCACCUCCCUCCCCCGUCCGCGCCUCGCCGCCGCCGCCGCUGCCGCCGUCGCCGUUGCGGCCUGCCGGCCUGCGAUGGAGAAGACCCGCAAGCCUCCUCCUCCUCCUCCCCCGCCUCCGCCCCCCGCAGAAACGCCAUCCCCGCAGCGGCGGCGCAAGAAGAAGGGCCGCCCCUCCCUCCUCGACCUCCAACGCCGCAGCCUCCGCCUCCAGGCCCAAAACCCUAGCCCCGCCCCCUCACCCUCCCGCCGGGACCCCAACCCCUCUGAUGACGAUGAUGACGGGGUAGGGAGCGGGCGGCGGCGGCAGAAACGCCUCAAGAGCGUCCUCUCCGGCGUCGUCAAGGAGGAGCCGGGGGAAGGAAAGAAGGACGCAGCGAAAGCGACAGGGAAAGGGGUUGCUGCGUUGGAUGGCGGCGGGCCCACGGGGACGCCCCUCCCAGACAAAAAGUUGCUGCUCUUCAUCCUCGAUAGGCUCCAGAAGAAGGAUACUUAUGGAGUUUUCUCAGAGCCUGUCGACCCGGAGGAGCUUCCAGAUUACCAUGAGAUUAUUGAGCAUCCGAUGGACUUCUCAACAAUCCGUGAGAAGCUGUUGAAUGACUCGUAUUCUAACUUGGAGCAGUUUGAGGAUGAUGUAUUUCUACUUACAUCAAAUGCAAUGUCUUACAAUUCAGCUGACACAAUCUACUUCCGGCAGGCACGAUCUAUUGAAGCUCUUGCCAAAAAGGAUUUUGAAAACUUGAGGCAACCUAGCGAUGAAGAAGAAGAACCCAAGCCACCAGCUCGAAGAGGCAGGCCACCAAAGAAUCCCAAGAUGGAGGAUGAUGUCUCACCAGAUCUAUCCAAUGUAAAAACAAAUAAACCUGAAGACAAUGCCGAUACAAUAAGAAAAAGAUCGACGGGAGACAGAACUCGAAAUACAAGUACCCCAUUGAAAGAUCCAUCCGCUUUUCACAGUAUGUUUGGUUCCUUUAGUGCAAAAAGAACAGAUAAAAUCGGUGAUUAUUCUGGUUCAUCCAAGUGGGGGAAGAAACCCCCUAGUUUAGAUGACGACCGCCGGAGUACAUAUGAUCAGCAUUACUCACGUAAUAUCUCUCUGUUUGCUGCCUUCGAUGAUGAGAGGAAACUACUGGUUCCAGUAGGGGUUCAGCAGCAACAUGCAUAUGCUAGGAGCUUGGCCCGCUUUGCAGGAAAAUUGGGCCCAGUUGGCUGGGAUAUAGCAGCAAAUCGUAUCAGAAGAGCACUACCCCCUGGGACAAAUUUUGGCCCAGGAUGGGUUGUAGAUGGUGAGCCACCUCAAAACUCUCAGUGUCCUCUUGUUGUCGCAUCGACCAAUCCCUCCUCUGAGGACACUGCUCCACCCAACAUGCCAUCCAAGACUGAUGUGCUCCAUCACAAGUCUGGACUGUCUUCAAAUGGUGAUGUUACUGGUGAGGCUCUAACUAGAACUCAAACAGUAGCUUCUACAUCAGCAAGCUUUGAUAAGAGCUCUGAAAUUACCAGUAAAGUAAUGAAGCAUGAGAAUGGAGUUAACAAGUCGUGUGGCGGUACGGAUAGUACUGGAACAGCGCCUCCAUUACAGCAGCACAGCCACAAUCGAGAAAUCCACUCUAAUAUCAAUGGCUUCACUGCUAUGUCAAACGCCAUGAGUCAAUAUGGUGGGCAAGGGUUAUUUGGAUCAGGCAUUCCUAUGACACAUGCUCAAGUCCUUGGGAUGUUUUCUGCAAUGAAUGGCAAAGCCAACGGCUAUAUCCAUGGCCACCAACUAACUGCUGAUAGUCUUAAAACAGCACAGAAUGGAGAUGUUGGGAGGGCAACAGUCAACCCUGUGCAAGGUGCAGGUCAGGAUCCAAAGAACGCGAAUGAUAAUAAUUCAGCUCACCCAAGCUUAAAUGCUGGUGUCCAGUCAUCAGGUUCCCCGCCUAGGGGGAAGUUAGCAAAUCCGAAGCAUCCUGAUCUGGCUUUGCAGCUAUGAGCACAGCAUAGUCAUUGACUUAGUUUGCCUUAGUAAUGUGAUCUCUGACGCAGAGGCAUGAGUUGGAUCCUGCUUCUCCGGGCCCAAUGCUGAAUCAUCUGAUAGACGAUAGACAUUUACAACUCACUAAGUGGAGCACCAGAAGCGAUGAAGAGGUAACAAAAGAUUUGAUUUAUCGUCAGAGAAUAACACAAACGGUGGUGGUUGUGGGAAGCGGAGCAGCUAGGCCCUCCAUUUAAUCAUUUGACCCCAGUGAAUUGUUGUAAAAGGGUAGGGUAGUUUGUACAGAUUCUAAUCCUAUUGGAGAUGAUAAUGUUUGGUGAUGAGGCGGCGCCUGUUGUCCAAUUUGUAACAUUAUAGUAGAAGAGGAAGUAUACAAGCGAAAGGCAGUGAAUAAUUGUGCCUUUUCCCUGGGAGGAUCCAUUCCAUUUCCAAUUGUACGAGUGGCCGAUUGUGUCAGGAUUUUUUCCA